AUGCCUGAGAAGCACACCAAGCUAGGCGCUCCCAGUCAGCACCGCGUGCCCAUGUCAGAGCUCGAUCCAAAUGCUGGGCCUUGUCGUAGCCACCUACACCCAGAACUGGGCCCUAUGCUAUCUCUCAGAGAAGCACAAGCGCGUCCGGACAUCAAGCGACGCGGUUAUCUUCGACCAGAGCUUGGACCGAUGGUGUCUCUAGCAGAAGCACAAGCGCGUCCAGACAUCAAACGACGUGGCUUAUUGCCCAUGACUGCGACCUCUCAGAAGCAGCAAGUCCAGAAGACCAUCGAGUCUGCUCAACCAGUCUUUCCAGUCCCAAUGCCAAAGCGUAAACCGGUUCCGAUGCGAAAGCAGUCCAGCAUCGCUGCAGAGCCAUCUGUGAUCAAGCGGAAACCGGUGCCAAGCAAGUUGUCUUCCAAUCAACCUAACCUUCCGGAAGCCGUCGAAAAGGAGCGUAUCUCUCCGAUCGACUCGUUGUGGGAGCGAUCUUCACUUCAGGUUCGGUAUCAACGACGCAGCUACUGCCAGGUCACUCCUCCGCCAUCACCAGGUAAGGUCUGGCGGUGGCUCGAAGUUGAGUCUGAGGGUACGAUCGAGGCUUGGCCAGGCUACAAGUCUUCGCCGGCUUCAGAGGCGUCGCCAGGUAAGGUAUGGAGAUAUCUCGAAGCUGAGACUGAUGGUGUUAUUGAGGCUUGGAGGAGGAAUCCAGUAUCAGCAGUUAUUGAGUUGCGAGGGAAUGAAGAGAGUGAUUUGCGAAUAGGUCUAGAUGAGUCAAGAAGGUCAAAGCGAUACCAACGCCAAUACUCCGACAGAAAGAAAAUACGAUGGCAAUACCCAACCUUACCUUUUAAUCGAGGCUUGGUUUGUGGAGUCCAGCGCCAUUAUUGA